GACGGUGGUCGUCACACUUUCCAACCCCGUUCGCCAUCCCUCUCCCCAUCCCCGUCCCCGAUGCUUGUCGAAACAUGCAUGGUGGAUGUCCCACCAUCAACCCCUGCCACGUACGCCCCAGGUUAUCAAGCUUCGUCGCCUGCUGGAGGUGGGUCGUCUUACGUACGACCAACUCCCGUUAUGCCACACGGUCUGCCGCCCCUGCCAGCGUUCAAGAAUCUGCACACUUUGAUGUACGCUGUGGGGAGAGAGCCUCGAUCUAUGACUGCCCUCCUCGCCGAAGGUGAUAGCCUUGGACCGCAGCGAGGUGGACAAUCAUAUGGGAGCAGUGCUGGGUAUCAUGGGUGGGGCAUGCCACGUGGAGGUCAGUGGCAACACUCACCGCCAGCCAUGGGACCCGGUGGGGAAGGAGAGGUGCCUGCGGGGGGACCUGCAUCAUCGGCACAUACAUCAUACGUUGCUGGCGCUGCUGGGCACAUGCAUGCGGGGGUCGGUGGAGCCACCCCCAUGCUCUAUUAUUCAAGACCGCCUCCUCCAUCACCGGUUGGAGGCACUGCGCAGUCCAUGCCUUCGGAUGCCGUGUUCUGCAGUCAUGACGGUCGGUGGCUUCAUGUCGUCGAUUCCGAAAUAACGGAAAAUGACCCUUCUGAAUCGACCGCCGAUCUGGGUGACGAUAUGGACAAGCAGGAUGCUGGAAUGGGCGAGACGUGGACAUCACCGACUGCCGACAUAGCUGGUACGCAAAGCACGGGUCAUGUGACAGUCGACAUCAGCGAUGAUGGCAAAACGGAUGACGGGGUGGGUGGAGAAGUGAGGAAGAAGGGCAGAAGGGCAGGUGGGCGAGGGCGUGGCGGGGACAAGCCCAAAGUCCGAGAGCGUGCAUCUGCAAGGAGGGCCGUCCAGCACAGACAAGAGAGCUCUGACACGGGCGGUGGGGAGGACACAGGUGGCGGUCGCCGGAAAGCAGACAGCGAUAGUGCUGACAGAGCGAAAUUCGCUCGACGUGGUGGGGGGAGAGGAAACGUCAGACGUUCGCCGUCGGAGAGUUCUGUAGAGGGAGGCGGGGGGGGCACGUUCGUAGACGUCGCCCACACUCUCGUGGAUGCCAUGAAAGGGCAAACUGACAGGUUGUCUGGCAGUCCUAUUGAUGCCAACCAUGGCAUCAACAAGACCAUGGCAGAUGGGAACACCACGCUCUUGCAGUGUUUUGCAAUGCUGUCCGUGGUGGUGAAGUGGGUGUUGCGCAAUCGCUUUUCGGUGCACCUGCCGGAGAUGGUGUUCAGCCCGGACGUCACCGCUCAUGCUGAUAGGUGGUACAAUGUGCACGUGAGUGGGUUGUAUGCCAUGGAGAUUCUGGCGGAGCUUGGAUACGACAACAACGACCGACUCUCGGACGUCAUCUUCUUUGCGAAGAAACUGCAUGACAUCAUCCCGGACGGUUGGAAUUGUAAUCACCGUGACGUUGUGGGGGAUAUUAUCCAGCAUGUGAUGUCAGCCAUAGCCUUGAACCACGAGGGCGAAAUGGUGGACAACCCUUGGUACAAGACUAUGGGUUGCGUACAAGGUGGACCCCUCGCGUCAUCGAUCGGCCUCGCCAUCUCCAUCGUCAUUGUCCAUCGCGGCGGCAGGUCCUCCUUCGAUUCCACCAUCUCCGUCGUCGGCGACGUCGUCCGCAGGUGGUCUCUCGUUGUCGUCGUCUUCGCUAUCAUCAUCCGGUCUCCGUCGCAGCAGUUCGUCGUCGACCAGGAUGCCCGCAUCAAUAAUGAUGUUAUGUAGAAUGAAACAAGCAAAGAACU